AAAUCCGUUGGUCGUAGUCUCGCCUUCACAUCCAGCGCUUUGCCAUCAGACUGCAGUUGUUGCCUAUUUGUGGGAAGUUGCUGGCUGUUCGCAGCAAAAGCCUCUUCUCUCCCCCCCGACCUUCUGACCGCCGGACAGAGGAAUUAUGAGCAGGGCUGACCCAGCCUCUAACACCCUGCCUUGAAUCAUUCUGUGUUUCCCCCACCGAAACGACCCGAACCGAGCAUGGACGCUAGACUCUGCUUCCUUCUGACUUUUCUCCUCCAGCAGAUCGCUCAAGCAGAAGGAGCCCAUGCUGGCUGCGUACCUGGCUUCCAGGUCAAAAACUACCAGUUGGUGUAUGCUGGACCUUUCCGGAAAGGCCAUCCUCUUUUACGAGUGGAGUUUGAUGACUGUGAAGGAAAUAAGAAUGUGACGUUUGAAGUGUCAGAUCCCAACUUCCAAGUGGAUGGAGAUUUGAACCUCGUUCCACAUCAAGACGUGGAGUUCUGUGAGCCAGCGUUGUUGAUCCAUUGGUUGGGCACACAUGCAGAUGACAUGGCACAGGUGGACAUUUCAGGACUUCCUGUUCAGUCAGCAAACACUCUCAGGAAUGCCCUGGGCCUUGGCCAGAAGUUACCAUACAGGACGAAGAGGUCCCUCCUUGUCCCUCCCAUGAGUGUGACUGAGAACCAGAGACCUCCAUUCCCCAGGAUCAUUGGCAAGUCUCAUGUAAUUUCACCAGCGAAGCCAAUGAACCAAAUCUUCCGGCUGAAAGGCCCUGGUGCUGACCAAGAUCCCAAAGGUCUCUUCACCAUUGACAUAGACACUGGAGAUGUGUCAGUCAGCCGCUCACUGGACCGAGAGAUCAUCGACUCUUACCUGCUGGAGGUAUCAACCACAGACUUUUCUGGGAAUGUCAUCGAGGGACCCGCCAUACUUGUGAUCACUGUGAUUGACCAAAAUGACAACCGGCCCAUCUUCAAAGAAUCCCGUUAUACCGGAGAGGUGCUUGAGGGAUCCCCUACAGGAACCACGGUGAUGACAAUGAUGGCGUUUGAUGCAGAUGACCCUUCCACAGAUAACGCUGUUCUACGUUACAACAUCAUCAGACAGUCCCCGGACAAACCUUCACCAAACAUGUUCUACAUUGACGCAGAGAGAGGCGACAUUGUCACCGUGAUUUCUCCAACGUUACUCGACAGAGAAACUCUCCCAACAACAACAUAUGAAUUAGAGAUCGUGGCCAAGGACAUGGCAGGAAGUGAGGUGGGCCUUACAGGAACAGCCACGGCUACCAUCACCAUCACAGACAAGAACGACCAUGCCCCAGAGUUCACACAUCCACUGUUUGAGGCUCAUGUACAUGAAGGCUCGAGGGGUGUCAUAGUCAACCUGACGGUGGAUGACAGAGAUGACCCGGCCACGGGGGCAUGGAGAGCUAUGUACUCCAUAAUCAGUGGAGAUCCCAAACAGAGUUUUGAGAUCCAAACAAAUCCUGACAACAAUGAAGGGAUGCUCUCAGUGGUCAAGCCUCUAGACUAUGAGACGGUUGAGCUCCACACACUUCUCAUCAGAGUGGAGAACGAGGAUCCUUUGGUUCCUGAUGUCGGCUAUGGUCCCAGCUCCACAGCAACUGUCCGUGUCACUGUCGAGGGCAUCAAUGAGGGACCUGUCUUUUUCCCAGACCCGUUGAUAGUCACAAGGAUGGAAAACAUCCCUGUUGGCAGCUUCGUGGCUUCACUCAAUGCAACUGAUCCAGACAUUCGGGAGAUCCAGAGCAUCAGAUAUUCUGUACUGCGGGACCCAGCUGGCUGGCUGAGUGUGAACCCAGUCAGAGGAACUGUCAACACCUCAGCCGCGUUGGACCGAGAGUCGCCUUAUGUCCAAGCAAAUAAAUACACAGCUCUCUUCAUCGCUACCGACAAUGGCACCCCUCCAGCCACAGGGACAGGUACACUGAUCAUUCAUCUGGAAGACUACAAUGACAAUGCUCCGUUUGUGGUGCCAUCUGUAGCACAGGUGUGUGAAGAUGCUAAUGAUUUGAAUGUAGCCAUCGUUGGAGGUCGGGACAAGGACCUGCCGCCAAACGCAGCACCAUAUAAGAUAGAACUGGGAAAACAACCAGGCCUGGAUAAAAUAUGGAGGGUCACCAGACUCAACUCCACACACUCCCAAAUCAUGCUCCUGCAAAGUUUGAAGAAAGCCAACUACCAGCUCCCACUGCUCAUCACUGACUCAGGGGUGCCACCUUUGUCCAACAGCACAGAGGUUAAAGUUCAGGUGUGCAUCUGUACAAAGACCAAGAGAUACUGCAGCUCUGCCCACUCCCACCGCACUAGCCUUGUUGUGCUGCUUGCAACACUCCUGCUCGUCCCACUCUGCUUGUAAGUUCUGCUGAUACCUCUCAUAGUCCUUUUUGCAACACUGAAAAGCAACGACUUAUCUCCCCCCACGCGACCCAGGCUUAGGAGAGAAGGACAAGAAGAAGAUGCAGCAAGAAGAAAUCUCUCCACAAUGAGUCAAACAAGCAAAUAUAGAAUAUUCUCACUGACACAGCAGCUGUAUAUCACUAAUGUUAUUUUAGUAGAAUGACUUCUUGCUUCUUCAUUCUUUCUCUCCAUCUUUUUCUUGAUUCGCCUGCUCUUCUCCUACCUUUUCAUGUCUUGAUUUUAGAUCAUUUUUUUCUCACUCUGACUCCUCCAUCUUUCUCUCUCUCUCUCAAUUUUUUUUUUUCAUCCAUCAUUGAUUUUAUAAUUUACUUUUUCAACUUGUCACUGUAUUGCAUUUGGCACCUCUCUGUUGCAGUGACAGAAAUAUAGUGGGUGUUAGCAUUAUUCUUGGCAUCAUGCCACAUCUCUAGGCGAUACUUGAAAGAAUGUCAAUGAUGAUAUUGUAAGACAAA